AUGGUGCCCUUCCGGGCUUCUCAGCACCACCGACGAAGCCUCCGCGACCUCGAUGCCGGAAACGACGCCAGCAGACUCCAACGGGAGGAGCGCAGCACCUACAACGUCGUCAUGACCUUCCCAGUACAUCCCCUUGGCGCCAUGCAGGGGCCCUUCGAGGAGUCGAUGCUCGAUGCCACUGGAGGGACCGGCUUUGUUCCCUUUAAGAAGCCCAAAAAGACCAUCGAGCAGCGCCAGCACAUGCUCUGCCGAGAACAUGAUGCGCCAGAGCUUACUUGGAACUUCACUUACAACUGCCAUUGGCGCAACAAGUCCAAGGGCAAAUACCAUCCCCUGUUAAAGACGGUCGCCCAGAUCAUCUUUGGUGUGCAUUUGUUGCAUCAACACCUGGAGAAGUCGGUUGCCGACGUGGCCGACAUCUUGCUAAAGCAUGUUAACGAGCUCGACAGCUUUUUGCAACGAGCAAACGAGGAUAUUGAAGGAAGCUUGAAGGAUAUGCUGUUCCGGAGAAAGUGCUUGAAGGUUCCCAUGGAGCACGUCAACGAGUUCGACCGCCUUCUCGACGAUCGCACGUAUCGCUUCCAGCUUCUCGAGGGCAAUGUCACCAUCGAGCGAACCAUCAAUCGCAUGUCGCAAAUGCUCAACGAUUACUUGGUGGACAUUAAUACGUUCCAGAAGGCCAACCAGCAGCUCGACGCCUAUCUCCUUCAAAUAGGACACAACUGGACAGCAUUGGAUGGAGACAUUGGGCGUAUCUACUCAGCCAUGUGCGGGAAUACUGGAGGCUGGGCACAGUUCCUGCAGAGUUUGGUUGCGAAAGCCGAAAAGCUGGGCGUUGUCCUCGUACAAGUGAGCAGCUAUUGCAACGAGAUUGAGAAACGGUGCGGAGCUGCUAGCCGCCGUAGUAUGGAUGAGGAAGAGGAAGAGGAAGAGGAGGAUGAUGAGGACCGACGACUAACGCUAAGGCAGCAGGACAUCUACGUACCACCUUCUGGUACGGACGAAACAUCUGGGCAGCAUUACCGUAGCUCCUCGGGCGGCAUUGACCGGCGAUCAGAAGAUGUACAAAUAGUCCUUCACCAGGAUAUCGACGAAAAAGAAGUGCUGGUGCACAGCCCGCCACUGACGGGUAAGGACUCAGCCUAUUCUUCUGUUUCCGGUACAUCGUAUGCGUCUCCAACGUCAAUGCAUCCCCGCUCGGCGUCAGCGCAGUCUUCAUCACAUCCGCGUGCGCAAUUCGGGCUGUUCCCCAGUAGCGGUCCAAGCACACCUAAACAUUCGAUGUCAGGUCGCUACGGCGCUGUUUCCCCUGCGUUAACCGCUCGGCGGACACCCGAACCGGCGUCUCCCCUCGUUCCUCCGCGCGCUUCAACCUCUCUCGAUAAUCAUCUUCCUUCGUCGCGUAAUCUUUUGUUGAAGAAGUCGAGUCUUUCGUCGCUGAAGCGUCUGUUUAGCAAGAAAAAGCACAACUCUGUAGACACCAUUGUAGAGUGA